AUGAAGCUAUCCUUUCUCCUUUUAAGCCAGAUCGGCUACUCUGCGGCACUCUCAUACGCCAGUGUUUUUCCAUCAGAAGGCAUCAAUCGAUCUACAGAAAAUACAGCAGCUUCCACGUUUUGGUUCGAGAGCAUAAAACGAAGCGGGACUACGGUCUAUCGAAACGUCAAGGACUUAGGCGCCAAAGGUGAUGGUGUCACAGACGAUACAGCAGCUAUCCAGAAUGUUAUUCGCAUGAGUCCAGCCGCUGGGAGCGUCAUAUACUUCCCAACAGGCACAUACUUAGUCAGUAGUGGUCUGAAAGCCAACUCCUAUUCCGUAUUCUUUGGAGACCCUACAAAUCGACCCGUCAUCAAGGCCAGCGCUAGUUUUAGUGGCUCCGUACUCCUUACAGGUUCUGUUAGAACAAGCAGCGGUCUUGCCGAUUUUUUUCGAACAGUUAAGAAUCUAGUAUUUGAUACGACUGCUGUGUCGCCCACCAAGAGACUUUCACUCAUCGUCUGGUCUCUAAGUCAGGGUUCGCAGAUUCAGAAUGUCCUAUUCAACAUGCCUGUUGGCUCCGGAGGUCAUAUCGGAAUUCAGUCGAUUGGGACAAACUCCCCAACUUUCCUGAACGACCUGCAGUUCAAUGGUGGUGCCAUCGGCCUGUCUCUCUCCGAUACUCAAUAUCAACUGAAGUCUAUGUAUUUCAAUGGUACGACUACAGCCAUCAAAGUAGAACAAAUGCUUUUGUGCACUGGGCAGGGUCUCCGCUUCGAGCGAGUGACGACUGGCGUUGAUUCUACCGCUACCGGAACUGCUCAUUUCAAUUUGAUUGACUCGAGCGCAACAAAUACAGAGACUGUCUUCGCUGGUGCGGCCGCUGCCGUGAACACUGUAGUGCUUCAGAAUGUUCAGGUUGAUUCGACAGUGCAAGCAACAGUCAAAAUUGGUGGAACCGUCUCUUUAACUGGGUCUGUGCCAGCUGAUCAGACUUGGCUCAAGGGCAACAAAUACGCCAUGGGUGCAACAAGUCCUGAGGUUGUUAGCGGCGAGCGUAUUCCAACUACUCGUUUGGCAUCUCUCGUCAACAGUUCGGGCGCCUUUGUCACGGUAGUUCCACCGACAUACCAAGAUUUCACCACUGCUCAGGUCGUAAACGUCAAGGAACAUUCCGUAGCUGGUGACGGCACCAGGGAUGAUACUGCUGCCAUUCAAGCGGUGAUCACCUCAGCGGCAGCAAAUAAUCAACUUGUAUUCUUCCCGUAUGGUACUUAUCUUAUCACAGAUACUAUCAAGGUUCCCAAAGGCAGUCGACUAGUCGGCGAAGCCUGGUCUCAAUUGAUGGCCUCAGGUUCUAAGUUCGCAGAUGUUAAAAAUCCAAGACCUAUGAUCCAAAUUGGAGUCCCCGGAGAUGUAGGCGUGGCGCAGAUGAGCGAUUUCAUCCUCGGAAUCAAGUCUGCCUCCCCUGGCUUGGUCCUCCUUGAAAUCAAUAUGGCCGGUACCGAGCCCGGUGAUGUUGGAUUUUUCAACGUCCACUUCCCUCUCAAUAUGGGGGGAACCAUUACUAAACCUCGUACCUGCUCGUCGGCUGCGAACUGUCCUUCAAACCACAUCUCGGUUCAUAUGACACCAUCUUCAUCAGUAUACUGGGAGAAUACUUGGGUAUCCGAUGCUGGUGGCACUCAAUAUAGUACCAGUAAUGGAGGAGGCUUCUUUGUUGAGUCACAGGGUGGAACCUGGAUUAAUGGAGUUGGCUCUGGUCAGUCUCCACCCCCUGAAGAGAGGAGAUACCCCGUUCGCGAAUCCUCAUAUUGGCGUGUUCAGGCAAUGAUUCAAGCUGCUAACAACAACGUAGAGCAUAGCGCCAUGUAUCAAGUCAAUAUUCACAACGCUAAGGGCGUCUUCCUCGGUGUACAUCAGUCUGAGUCGGCAUACUGGCAAGUACAGACUCAAGCCUCCGUGUUAAACCCUGGUUCUUGGUCAAGCGCAUUAUUUGCGGGCGAGCCGAACUUCGGCUGGUGUGGAACAAGCGAUAGUGCGUGCCGUGUUGGUCUCUAUCAAUACGUAACCGGCUCUAGCGAUAUUCAUCUCUAUAGUGGUGGCUUCUGGAACUUCCCAUGCGCCUCAGAUGCUUGCCAGACAUACGCCACUGUCCUCGGGAACAAUACUAAGCUAUUCGUUUGGGGCCAAGGUGUUAUCAACUCGAAGAACAUGGUUGGGGAGCUGAGCGGCUCAACGGUGUCUCCUAUUGUUACGCGUCAAGCUAAUAUCGGUUCUAACUUCAACGGACUUGUUCCUAGUAUUGUAGCUGCGUACUUGAGACAGAGUUCCUAA